CCUACCUCUCGUCCUCUCCCACCCAUGCUUUGUAGAGCAGUCCAGCGCUCCCCGGCGAUGCCCGGCCGUCCACUUCUACGUCCCUCUCGCCGCACGCGGCUCGGCUCGGACUCCCCCCCUCCCUAGUCCCCCUACCCAACCGGCAUUGAUUGCUGCGGCAGCAAGCUAUAAGCAGCCCGGCACAACUUGUUCGCCGGCCGCUGCGAGCGAGAUCGCCGUAUCUUGUUCCAGCUCAGCUCCACCAUGCCGGCCGUUCUUGCCGCGCUGGUGCCGGUCCUGCUCGCUGUGCUGGCUCGAGGCGGCUCGGCGGCCGCCGCAGCCCCCGAGUUCGUUUUCGCUGGCUUCGCGCGCGACAACCUGACGGCCAGCGGGGCCGCCGUGGUCACCUCCUCCGGCCUCCUGCGGCUCACCAACGAGACCAACGAGGUGCUCGGGCACAGCUUCUACCCCGCGCCCUUGCGCCUCAAGGACGCCUCCACGGGCGCGCCGCUCUCCUUCUCCACCACCUUCGUCGUCACCAUCCUGCCGCGCUACCCGGACGCGCACGGCCACGGGCUCGCCUUCGCGCUCGCGCCGUCCGCGACCCUGCCGGAAGCCAUGGUGGGCAAGAACCUCGGCCUCUUCAACACGUCCAACCACCUAGGGAACGGCAGGAGCGGGGUCGUCGCCGUCGAGCUCGACACGGCCAUGGACGAGGAGUUCUCCGACGUCAACGACAACCACGUCGGCGUUGACGUCAACAGCCUCAAGUCCAACUGCUCGAAGCCGGCGGGGUACGCCGACGCCGCCACCGGCGAGACCACCGGCCUCAGCCUGGUCGGCGGGGACCCGCUGCAGGUGUGGAUCGAGUACGACGGCGCGAGCACGCGUCUCGAGGUGACCGUGGCGCCGGCCGGCGCGCCCAGGCCGGCAGUCCCACUCGUGUCCUGCGCUGUCAACCUCUCGCCGGUGGUGGCCGACGACACCUACGUCGGCUUCUCGGCCGCGAACGGCGCUGCCUCCAGCUCGCACUACGUUCUCGGCUGGAGCUUUCGCCUCGGCGGCGGCGGCCGUGCGCCGGACCUCGACCUCUCGAAGCUCCCGCGGGCCCCGUCGUCGCCUAGGCCCAAGAAGACGAUGCAUCCGCAACUGCUCCUGACACUGAUCCUCCUCGCCGUCGUGGCGCUCCUCGUGGUGUCAGCGGGCGUCACGCUACUCGUCGCCUGGCGCCGGCGGUUCGCCGAGGUGGAGGAGGACUGGGAGAUUGAGUACGGCCCUCACCGGAUCAGCUACAAAGACCUGCACGCGGCGACCGCGGGCUUCCGCAACGUCAUCGGCGCCGGCGGCUUCGGCACCGUGUACCACGGCGUGCUCCGGCGGUCGGGCGCCGAGGUCGCCGUCAAGAAGAUCGCCCACGACUCGCGGCAGGGGCUGCGCGAGUUCGUCGCGGAGAUCGCGAGCAUGAGCCGGCUGCGCCACCGCAACCUGGUGCAGCUCCUCGGCUACUGCCGGCGGCGCGGCGAGCUGAUCCUCGUCUACGACUACAUGGUCAACGGCAGCCUCGACAAGCACUUGUUCGACGCCGACAAGCCGGCUCUGAGCUGGGAGCGGCGCGCCAAGGUCGUCCGGGACGUCGCCGCCGGGCUGCUGUACCUGCACGAGGGGUGGGAGCAGGUGGUGGUGCACCGCGACAUCAAGGCCAGCAACGUCCUCCUCGACGCCGACAUGAACGCCAAGCUCAGCGACUUCGGCCUGGCGCGGCUCUACGACCACGGCGGCGACUCGCAGACGACGCACGUCGUCGGGACGUUCGGGUACCUCGCGCCGGAGAUGUUGAAGACCGGCAAGGCCACCACGAGCGCCGACGUGUUCGCGUUCGGCGCCUUCCUGCUCGAGGUGGCCUCCGGCCGGAGGCCCAUGGAGUCGCUCAGCGGCAGCAAUGCCGACCCGGCGGGGCUCGUCGACAACGUCCUCGAGUGCUGGAAGGCCGGGAGGAUCAGAGACGCCAGGGACCCCAGGAUCGGCAAGUGCGACGAGGACGACCUCGAGGUGGUGCUCAAGCUCGGGUUGCUCUGCUCGCACCCUGACCCCCAGUGCCGGCCGAGCAUGAGGCAGGUGCUGCAGAUACUGGAAGGCGCUGCGCUGGCGCCGGCGACGCCGCCGGAAAAUCUAUGCAGCAGCGGCAGGAUCUUCGGGUACUACGAGGGGUUCGAUGAGUUCGUCAGCAUGUUCCCGACGAUGAUCGAGACAGCCACCGUCACGACACAGCCGCCUUCUUCGCGCUCCAGCGCUGAACACCAGCACCUGAUCUCCGGUUGAGUUCUAUCAUCAGCUCUCCUCACUAAAUUACAUAAUUCUCUUGUAACUAAAUAAUUCAAAAGUCUAUAUAAUUUGUAGUGAUUUGCAUAUGAUGGUUGAAAUUGGAAAGCAAAAAGCUACAGGAUCAUGCAUUUGUGUAGUAUAACAAUCCUCUCUCUCUAGCAGUGAGCAUAGGAUACAGUUUUAGGGAUGAUCGAAGAGAGGUUUUUGUUGUCAUCCUAACCCUUUGACUGUUUAGGUUUUGUACGUGUUAUCUUUUAUGUAAGUGAACAUAGGAUACUAAUAAAUCUUGAUUUUUUUUCUCUCU